GGUGCUGCUGGUCCAGCUCCUGAGAAGAAUAGUAGAUUAAUAGAAUAGAAGAAGAACCAAUUUGUUGAUUUUGAAGGAAUGUUUGGAUUCUUUGUUUGACGGUUUGUGAACUUGGACAUGGACUAACGUUAAGUUAAUUUUUUUUUUUUUUGCCAAUUUCCUUGUUGCUCUGCCACCCUUCGUUUCUGGCUCAGGUCCCUGUCUUGUCACUAAUGAAUUAAUAAUUUAUCUGUGUCCCAUCAAACUUCAAUACCUCGACUCCUCCUCAGGGUGCAUCUCCUCACCACCGCCUUAAUUCUUUCUCUAUUUCACCUGAGGCUGUUUUUCUGGUGCUUGUAAAAAUUUUCCUUUUCUUUGUCUUUUGCUUUCUGUUCCCCUCCACCUCCUCUUCACUCCACCUUCAAAUGCUUGUCAUUUUUCAUCAGCUUUGUCCAGACCUGUUGGUGUCGCUCAAAAUGUCCAACGUGUUCUUCAUAAACCUCUGAGUUAAUCCUUUAAAUUCUCCUAUACUUUUUUUUUGUUAAAACCACAGGGUCUACAGUAAUGUUCCAGUCAGGCUCCUGUAACUCCAACAACACAUGUGAUUUUAAAUGUGUUAUGUCAUACAGACCACAGUGAUGGAGGAUUAGAAACCUGGAUUAGAGAUUAGGAUUAUAGUAUCAGAUAAAAAGGGAAACAAAAUGCAUCUUCAAUUCAGGAAAUAGAAGCAAACCACAGCACAGAUGCAGGUAAAAGGCUGAAAACUUUACUGCAAAACUCAAGCAAAUGUAAAGGAAUAAAGACUUGAGUUAUAGUUAAAAACGACACCAUUGGCUGAAAUAGAAAAACAAAACUUUCUUAAUGUUAAUCAUAGAAAAAGUUUACAAAAAAAGAGAACACGCACGAAAGCAAAAGACUAGCUAAAGAGUAACAAGACACUAAAAUUUGGGACGUAUGAUAAUAACUCAAAGGCUACAAUCAACGAUAAGAAACCAAAAGAUUGAUCAGGAUGAGAGGUUAGGAGUGUAGACUGCGGUUGUUCUGUCUCCCUCUGCCGACGGUGGCACUCAUUACUUCUACAGCUUUAAAUAAUGUAAUGAUUCACGUACUGCAAUUUAAUUUGGAAUGUUUUACGUAAAAUCACAGACAUGGCUUUUUCUUUUUUUUUUUAGUUUGACACAUUUUAAUGAAUGAUUAAUCGUGAUGAAAUCGUUUUUUCACAUUUGGGUCUUUUUACUGACGUUGGUGGUGUGGUCGACGCAAUCAUUUUAUAAUUCCUGAAUGUAUAAAUGUUAGUUAUUAUUAACAACUCUUUUACUGGCGUUUUAAAAUUCGACGUUUGCCUUUGUCCGUAAAAGCAGCAAAGACUAUAGGAAGUGGCGGCACCGGCUGCACAUGCGCACAGGUCUCCGGAGCGAUCCCGGCUCCUUCUCUGCUCCCCCGCACAGCUUGUCCUCCGUGCUCGCCGUGCGCGGUGCCGCGGCCCGAGAUAGAAACAUCCACGGACCUGGUGAGGUAGUUGACCGGAAGUGGCUCUGAUAGCGGGUCACCGCGGCUGACAAGAGACAAUUCGGUAUCUUGUCAGCGAGUUGUACAAGAUGUCUUGAGCUCUGAGAAGUAGAAUGAAAUAGUCCAGCGGGAAAUGACAUUUAAACUGUCUGUCUUGAGCGUGGGGUUCGACUGUCCUUCAUUGGUGAUAGGAUCGAAAUGUACCGCGGGUUUAGAUGGAGCAAGUGUCCCGGAAACGUGAGGAUUGGUUGGGGACAAUGGAGGGUGCAAACGAGGAGUGCAGCAGCUGCAGCGGUGGCAGUAGUGAGUCCAGCGGGGGUAGCACUGUGUCCAGCCCAGAGGAAAGUGAAGAAGAAGAGACAGCCAAUCAGCCAGGCACUGCCUUCUCUUCCUCCCUGACUCUCAUCAGGACCAAUGGUCAGAUGUACAAAUAUCCAGACGGCAAGGCUGGCAUGGCCACCUGUGAGAUGUGUGGUAUAGUAGGAGUAAGGGACGCUUUCUACAGUAAAACCAAACGUUUCUGCAGCGUCUCCUGUUCCAGAAGUUUUUCCUCCAACUCCAAGAAGGCCAGUAUCCUGGCUCGGCUGCAGGGUAAACCUCCCAGUAAAAAGACAAAGGUACUGACAACCAAGGGGGCUUCUUCAGCUCAGCACCAAAACCACCAGCAGGGCGCCGCCAAAAAGAGCAACGUCUUUGACUGGGGUCAUUAUCUUGGAAAAGGAGAUUUUAUUGGAGCACCGGUGAGCUGCUUCAAACAUGUGUCGAUGCGGAAACUGUGGAAGGACAUUAGUGAAGGAGUCAGAGUGGAAGUCCUCAACACUGACAGCGGACUGAACAUGAAGGUCUACUGGAUCGCUGCUGUCGUCAAACUGGCAGGUUUUAAGGCUCUGCUCAGGUACGAAGGUUUCGACAGUGACUCCAGCAGAGAUUUCUGGUUGAACCUCUGCGUGUCAGACAUCCACCCUGUGGGUUGGUGUGCUGCCGGGGGACAACCUCUGGUUCCCCCUCAAGCUAUUCUCCACAGAUUCAGCAACUGGAAAAGUUUCCUCGUUAAACGUCUGACGGGAUCCAAAACACUUCCGGCUGACUUCAGCUCCAAGGUGCAGGACAGUAUGCGGUUUCCCUUUAAAAAGCAAAUGCGUGUGGAGGUGGUGGAUAAGACUCAGCUGUGCAGAACCCGAGUUGCUCUGGUCCAACAGGUGAUUGGCGGCCGGCUUCGCCUUGUCUACGAGGAGUGCGACGACGGGACUGAUGACUUCUGGUGUCAUAUGUACAGCCCGCUGAUUCACAGCGUUGGGUGGUCUCGCUCCAUUGGACACCGCUUCAAACGCUCCGAUGUGUGCAAGAAGACAGACGGACAGAUGGACGCCCCAAGGCAACUCUUCAUUAGGGUGAAGGAAGUGGAUCAGAGCGGCUACUGGUUCCAGGACGGGAUGAAGCUGGAGGCCAUCGACCCUUUGAACCUGUCAACGAUCUGUGUGGCCACAGUUAGGAAGGUCCUGGCUGAUGGAUACCUGAUGAUUGGGAUUGAUGGCUCAGAGGCUGUGGACGGUUCUGAUUGGUUCUGUUACCACUCAACUUCCCCCUCCAUCUUCCCCGCUGGCUUUUGUGAGAUCAACCACAUUGAGCUGACGCCCCCUAGAGGUUACAUGGCUCUGCCCUUCAGGUGGUUUGAGUAUCUGAAGCAGAGCAGCUCUGUGGCAGCUCCAGUUCAUCUCUUCAACACGGACAUCCCGAACCACGGUUUUCAGCCGGGGAUGAAGCUGGAGGCGGUGGACCUGAUGGAGCCACGGCUGGUGUGCGUCGCCACGGUAACGCGUAUUGUCCACCGGCUGCUGAGGAUCCACUUCGAUGGCUGGGAGGACGGGUACGACCAGUGGGUGGACUGCGAGUCGCCCGACCUGUACCCAGUGGGCUGGUGUCAACUGUCGGGGUACCAGCUGCAGCCACCUGCUGUCAGCAUGGGUUCUAGAGUUUUCCACACAUCAGCGUCCAAACACAGGAGGAAAUCCCAACAUUACCGAGGACACAAGAAAAAAAGGAAAUUACCCCUGGCUAAGGCUUCUGUCCGUCCUCCUGUCGCCGUGGUAACAGGCAUCCCCAGGAGUCUGUCCGACGGUGAGAAUGAGAUGCUGCCACAUUACCCAUCAUCCCCGACUGCCGCCUGGGGAGCCGCUCCUCUUUCUGAAGGGACAGAGAGAAGCCCGCUAACUGAGAGCUGGGAAGCGUCUCAGGUUGAAAGUGACGACUCGGAGGUGACGCAGGUUCUUCUGGAUUCAACAGAACCAAGAACCAACUAACUUUACAGAGGGUUUGUAGGCCACGCCCACUGACCCGGUGAUGGCCACUCCCACUUCCGAAGUGUCCGAGUGUGUUUCAUCCAGAAAUCCACUAAGGCUAUGCGAAUUACACAAAAGUUGGUGCAGCACAGUUGUAUUUUUUAUUUUCUCUUUUAUUCACAUAUUUAUUUUGUUUUGAAAUCUUCCCUGUGUCUGUUUGACUUUGUUAAAAAUCCAAAGAAACAAGAACUGAUUCACAUUUGUCCAACCGUGUGACAUGUUUGUGUUUGUGUCAUUGAUGACAAGGAACUCUUUCAAAAACAUUGUUUUCAGCAGCAUGGAUCUGAAAAUGUUUAACAUUAACAAAAAAAAACAUAAUUUACAUUUUUAUGGUGAGAUGUAAUAAAAAAGGGAGAAAACAGUAACACCACAUUGUUUUGUUUUAAAUGUUGAAUAAGUCACUUUUCUAUGGAUUUCUUUCUGUUUUCUAUUCACAACAAACCUGAUGUUGUCAUUGAUUUUCACUCUUUAAUCUUCACACAGUGACUACCACUGUGUGAAGAUAACAAUUGUUGAAGAGUCUAAUCUGGUCACAUGAUGUUGGAAAUACUUAGAAGCCCAUCGUAAAAUGACAGGAAAACACAUCUUUAAAAGUUUUAAAUUUAUUUUAAUAAAACCAAUAUGUGACACAAUAUUAAAAUGAGAUGUUAAUCGAUGAUUGAAUGUGUAAAUAAAUAGACAUCUGGGUGAAGUUUAAAGACUAACAGAUUAGUACAAACCCAGUACAGUUACAACUGUAUGUAUCAACAGUAGAACUCUGUCGUUACGUCUACAAACUAGUUUUUUCUGAUAAAAAUGUCUCUAUCUUAUAAUGUGUUACUAAUAAUAAUAAUAAUAAUAAAGCAGCGACACACCUAGGGGGUGUGACAUGGGACAUUCUGGGCCACAGGUAUGACCUCUGUUGAAGACAAUAACCUGACUUUAUGUGUUUGUAUAACUUUAUACGUGUCUUAGUUCAGUCUCUCUU